ACUGUUGAAAAGCAACGCCAGAUACUGCGACGUCGCGUUGACGUCGACGUCGUUGAAUACGUGACAACGCUCACCUACGAGCAGCAGUGCAGCAGCAGCAACAACAACAACAACAAUAGCAGCAGCAACAACAACAACAGCAACAACAAUAACAACAACAGCAAUGGCAAGUCGAGCUCACUGGAGCUAUCCUAUUUGAUUGGCGAGUCCUUUGCGCAAUCGGGCAAUCUGCCACAGGCUUUKMAUGUCUACGAACUGAUAGCCAGUGGACAGCAGGACGGCCAUGUGCCGUUGGACAAGCUGUCCUCGUUGGCCAGCGCCUUGACGGCGCACAUCAGGCAGCUGGGCAGCUCGGCCACACGUGAGUCGCGACUGAAGGCUCAGUAUCAGGAGCUGCUGCAGUGGACGGCGCUGGGUUUGGGCCUGGACCUGGAGGCGGAACAGGAUCUGCUGGACACGCGGGAAUUGCGUGUGCCCAGUCCGGUCUUGGGUGAGGAUUACGAUCCACUGCUCUGUCCGCUCUGCUCGGAUCUGCUGCGCAGUCCGGUGACCACGAACUGCGGCCACACGUUUUGUGGCCAGUGCUGCGAGACGAUCACCCAGUGCAACAUUUGCCACAUCAAGUUUCCGCGCAGCGCCGAGCGCAUGCCGCAGGGCGUGGCACUCACCAGCACCACCAGCACCAGCGCCACUGCGAGUGGCGGCGCCAUCAGCAGCAUCAGCUCAACUCACUCGGCCAGCUCUUCGCUGCGUUUCAUGACGGGUUUGCCUCCUGCUCCAAGUGGAGGUAGCUUUCAGCAUGGCCUCGGAUUGCGUCUGUCGAUGGCGGCACCCACCACAGUGACCACCACCACGGUGGCGUCCACCACAGCCACAGCCACCACAACAAUGGCCUCGAGCAGCUCGGCCUCGGCGCUGGUCGCCGGCAUGGGCGGCGGCUAUGCGCUGGGCGUGACCACGGCCAUGAAGUUCAUGCCGGAUGUCCUCAUCAGGCACCUGGUGGAGAAGUGGUGGGGUCCCGAGCUGCAGGCCAAGAAGAUCAUCGAGAAGGCGACCAGCUGCAUGCAUCUCAACCGACUCGACGAUGCCCUCAAGUUCUGCAAUGCCAGCCUAGAGAAAGUGCCGAGCAACUUUAAGAGUCUCUGCUUGCGCGCUGAGGUCCUAUUGAAGCUGAGCCACUAUCAGAGCUCCCUGGCGGACAUUGAGAAUGCGCUCAGAACGCGCUGCACUUCAGCCAAGGCUCACUAUCUGCGUGCCUUGGCCCUGAGCGGCUUGGGUCGCUUGGAGGAGGCGUUGCUCAAUGGCUUCUUGGCCAUUUGCCUGGACAGAAAUACAAAUCUCAGCAAUUCGGAAAUMUUUCAACAUGAUCUCGCCAAGAUUCUGCAACGUCUUUUGGCUCAAACGCCCAAGAGUCGUGAUUCUCUGCCSUCGCUGGCUGCGCAGCAGCAGCAGCGCAGCAAAGCGCCGUACACUCUGCUCUGGGAACAGCUGCGUCGCCGCAGGAAACAGCAUCAUCACCAUGUGCACCUGGACGAUGUGGAGGACGACUUCAGYCUGAGCUGCGAGCAGCAGCACUACGACAACUACAUCAUGGACGACGAGGAGGAGGUGGUGGAGGCAGCGGCCAUGGACGGCGACUUUCUGUUUCCCAGCGCGCUCGACUACAUCGAUCCGCGCCAGGUGUACGAUCAGCUGCACAGCGCCAAGCAGUUCGAGCUGCAGGCGCGUCGUCGUGCCAGUCGCAAGCAUUGCCGCAGAAAAUGGGCAGCGGCGCAGGCAGCGCAGUUGACGCCAGCCGCGACGGUCGAGACGGGACGCUGCAGUCGUUUGGUCAGCGACGUCCUGGAACGCACGCAGCAGGAGCUGCAGCGACUGAGAAAAUUGGAUAGCUCGGAGCAGCGACAGGUGUCGGUGGGCAGUCAGCUGAUUGAUGCCAGCGAUUUCGACUGCGUGCUCUGCUGUCGCACGCUGUGGAAGCCGGUGGUGACGCCGUGUGGACACACCUACUGUCUGGUAUGCUUGGAUCGUUGCAUGGAUUACAACUCCUCGUGUCCAUUGUGCAUGUCACCACUUGUGGAACUAAAUGUCAAUAAUCUGUAUCAGGGCUCAUCCUCGCCAGUACCCUUUGCGCUGGCCAAGCGGCCAGUUACGAAAUUCCUAGAAGCCGCAAUGAAACGAUUCAUUCCAGACCACUACGAAACCAGAUUUCGACAGGAGAUCGACCAGGAGCCGUCGGUGCCCGUAUUCAUAUGCACCGCCGCCUUCCCCUCGGUGCCCUGUCCGCUGUUCGUCUGCGAUCCGCGCUAUCGCUUGAUGGUGCGACGGGCCCUCGAGUCCGGCGACAAGACGUUCGGCAUCGUCCAGCCGCACAACGGCAAGUCGCGCUACUAUGACGUGGGCACCAUUCUGGAUAUCAGGGACUGUGUGCUGCUGGGCGACGGCUGCUCCAUACUGAGCACCAUUGGCUGCAAGCGCUUCAAGAUCUUGGCGCGCAGCGAAAAGGAUGGCUAUGAGACGGCCAAGGUGGAGUACAUCUACGACGAGCCGAUUGCCAUCGAUCAGGUGCAGUCGCUGGCCACGCUCCAGUCCCUGGUGCUGGCCAAGGCCAUUGUCUGGUUCGAGAGUCUGAGCAGCGAGCAGAAGCACGAGAUCCUCCAGAGCUAUGGCCAAAUGCCGCCGCUCGAGCACAGCUGGGAGCUGAUCACUGACGGACCCGCCUGGGCCUGGUGGAUCAUCGCGCUGCUGCCGCUCUCCCAGCAGCUGAAGGUGGACAUCUUGGCCACGACGUCGCUGAUGAAACGUCUGCGUGCCAUAGACAAGACGCUCGACUGGCUGCGCGAGCUCAGGCAGCGGCARCCGCAGCAGCAGCAGCAGACGCCGCAGUCGCAGUCGCAGCUGCAGCCGCACGAUGAUCUCAGCCUGGACUGCGAGGAGCAGGUGGCCGUCGAUGAGGGGGCAGCCAACGGCGACGAGUGCUGCCUGUACGCCGAGCCACACACAGACGAGGAGCUGCUCGUGUAGUGCAGCAGCCYCUCGAAUCAUAGAUCUAGCUUUAGUUAUAUAUAGAUGGUAUAUGUAUGUGAAUAGCGCUAGGUUGUAGCCGUAGUCGGGUGUCUGAAGCGUUUCUCAAUGUGUAAAAGCAAAUUCUGUGUCUAAAAGCCAUUCGUAUUACACUUUAACUGUUAUCCUAGGGGCCAAAACGAAAAGGUAUAUAUAGAUCUAUAUAUAUAUUUAACUUAGCAGAACCAAAUUAUCAGUAGCAACUGUAACUGUAACUGUAACUGUUAGCUAUUAGCUUUUAGCUGUUAACUUUAACUAUAACUGUAACUGUUAACUAGCAAUGUUAAGCAACUGUAGCUAUAAAUACUGUAAACUAAAUGUGUGUAAACGUUGAACUCGAUGUGUGUAGCAAAUGAGAGAGAUUUACAAUACAUAUAUAGUACUAUAUAACUAUCCAUAUAUCUGUAUAUACAUAUACGAGUAUAUAUAUACUACACAUACAAUCAAAAGUCGCGCCCCUAACAAUCUAGAGAGCCACCCCAUAUGUAACUUGUUGAAACCGUUGUAAAAAAAAA